CAUUCCUUUCUGUACUCACUUCCUGAACAACUAUAUUAGUCAACGAAAGACAAAUGUUACAGCAAGUCAGUCGUUUUUUGUGAAAAACUAAAGACAGUUUUUUCAUACGGCAGAGCUUGCUGUAAAGAAUCGUAAUGACGAAGCAGCAACAUGUGUGGUGCGAUCAAGAUCUGGUGAUGUCAACAUCCCCGUCAUCUUACUUGGAAUAGAAACAAUCACCAUUAAAAGCAAGUUUACAUUGAUACGGAGUUGGCAAGACAAGAAAGCUCCUUCACUUGAAGUUCACAACUUGUGCACUCUUACAAGUUGGUCAGACUUCAUGCAUUUACUGGAUCUGAAAUGAUUCGUGGCAAGUCUUUUACGCAAAGCGAAGCUCUUGUGUAGGAAACUUGCAAGCACAGAUCCAAUGUUUCUGAAAAUGUUCGUCCGACUUGGUACGGAUGUGUGUGAAGAAUUGUUUGGUGCACUUGAAAAAAGUUCGGAAGUUAUGGGUGACAAUUAUGAACCGGAGACGGCAAAUUUUCAACUGAGGCAAGGUGCUUCUGCCAGUGAAAAUUCGGAAAGCACUUCACAGCUUGUCGUUACUGGAGAAAAUCCUCCAAAAUACAGAGAUAUGUUGGAAAUUCAGGAUAUGGAUUACACUACAGCAAACGAAAUAUAUAGGCAUCUGGACCAUGAGGAUAUGAGUUCGGAAGAUCUGGUGAGUGCUUUUGACCACUUUACUCAUUUUGAAGGGGCUGAUAUGCGAAAGUCAUGCAAACCAAAUGGUGGAAAGGGCCUGGCAGAAAUGGUCAUCACUAGAUGGGCUAACGAUCCAAAUAGCAAUCAUAAUAUUAAAGCCUUGAAAACGAUCGUUGAGAAUAGGCUCAAAAGAAAAGAUGUUCUCGAAUUGUUAGAAAAGUGGGAGAAGAAAUUUCCUCGCAGAGUAAACGGGAGGCAAGAAGAAGCAUUUGACAUCAAUUGAAUACAUAACAACGCUGAUAUACAUUCGCAAUUAACAUUGAAAUAAACGUUUAUUUAUAGGGUGACAUACUAAAACAAGCAUAUAAGCAAUUUCGCCUGUUGCACUCAUGCCGUUAAUUGCUGUCGACAUAUAUUAUUUCUUAGAUUACCAUACAUAUUCGAAACACCAGCUUUCAAAGGUUUUGUUAAACUUCAAUAGUAUUUUAGUUCUUAAUCCCAAGAAAACUAAUUCACAGGAUUUAUUUUAGACAAUAUUCUGCUGUUGGUCAUAAAAAAAUGUAGGCCUAUUGUUUUCAAGCAACUGUAUAAGUAAUUAUCUGUAAAUUUCUACAUUAUACAAACGUGAACUUAAAAAACGCUUCAAUAUUUACAGGUUAUGUUAUAAAUCACUGAAUUCCUUCACCAAUUUGAGGGUACUCAAUAUAAAUCUUAGAACCCAACGUAUUAUUUUCAACAUAGCCAUAAACAAUAUAGUUUUGUGAAAUUUAUGAAAAGAGUAACGUUUUGUAUUAACUCAAGACAUCUUUAGACUAAUUAAGAAGUUAACAAGAAUUAUAUGUAUAUAUGCUUA